CGCACACUGUCUCACCUCAGCUUUAUAAAGGACUGGUUUCAGGCAGCGUAUGGUGAUCGUUCAGCGCCAGGCGGGAAAACAGUGCUGAUACUGAUGAUGAUGGAGGGGCAGUGCAGUCGCUGUAAGAUCGUGGUGGUCGGUGACACUCAGUGUGGGAAAACGGCGCUGCUGCAUGUGUUCGCCAAGGACAGCUAUCCAGAGAGUUAUGUGCCCACGGUGUUUGAAAAUUACACGGCAAGCUUUGAGAUCGAUAAACACCGCAUCGAGCUGAACAUGUGGGACACAUCAGGGUCCUCGUAUUAUGAUAAUGUACGGCCUCUGGCAUAUCCAGACUCUGAUGCUGUGCUCAUCUGUUUUGAUAUCAGCAGACCAGAGACCCUGGACAGCAUCCCUAAAAAGUGGCUGGUUGAGGCUCAGGAGUAUUGUCCUAAUGCGAAGUUGGUGUUGGUUGGCUGUAAGCUGGAUAUGAGAACAGAUGUCAGCACCUUACAAGAACUGUCUAAACAGAGGCUUAUACCAGUCACACAUGAUCAGGGGAGUCUACGAGCACGGGAGUUGGGAGCAGUUGCGUAUGUAGAGUGUUCUUCCCGUAUGUGCGUGAACAGUGUACGAGACGUCUUUCACAUCACCACGCUUGUGUCUGUCAGAUGUGGCCCCGCCCCAAGCUUCAAGAGAAGCUCUUCACGGCACACUCUCAAGCACGUAUCUAAUCAGCCUCUACUGCCAGUCAGCUCGCAAGCCACGCCCGUUGAACCCGCCCCUACCCUCAGGGAGGACAGAGCCAAGAGCUGCACAAUCAUGUAGAUUUAAAAGCACAAAUGCACGCCCUCAUGCACAUCUGUACAUGCACACACAGUCACAGUGGUGUGUAUGAAUUAAGAAGAUAUGUGCAGAAAAGAGACAGGCUCUCUGUAUUUAUGGAACACUGAGGGCCAUAUUUUCUCAUAUAUGGCCCCUAGGACUGUACAGUUGUGUGAAUAUGUUAUACAGAGGAGUUCUAUUUAUUAACUUUCACUUUGCUUUUAUUUUUAUCAUUGUGAUUUACGUUGCAGACCUAAGUGUCACAAAGUGUGUAAAGCAGAUGAAAAAGAAUA